UCUAACUUGUUUAUUUUUAAUUAUCUGGCUGUUGAUUGGGGCCUCAACAAUUAAAAAUGAGCCGGUGUGGGGACCUCAAGGAAAAAAAUGGUCAGGUGUGUUUGAAAUGCCAGGGCCGGUUUCUGGUCCCAGUCUCUGGUGCUGUCCAAGAACUGAAGACUAGAAAUGUAUGGCAAAUGUGAGGUUAAGUCUCUAAGGAUUUGUUGAGGGGUUGGGCCUGGCUGUAGCAUGAUAUUAACAUCCCUUAUAAAUAUUGAGCCAAAUAAGACUCAGACAUAGAUAGAUGCCCCAGGUGUGAUGGAUGCAACGGAGUGGAUCGAAGCCUUCAUCCGAGGGCUGAUGUGUCUGCUAGGGAUCCUGGGGAACAACUGGCUUUGUCUCCGCUCUCUCCCUGGACCCAAGUCCAGUCUCCGCACCAAUGAGGUCCUCUUCAUCAACCUGGCCGUCUCCAACCUCAUCACCAACUACCUGGUGGACCUGCCCGAUACCAUGGCUGACUUUGUUGGCCACUGGUUCCUGGGGGAAGCCUACUGCUGUGUGGUCCAGUUCUGCUCUGACCUGUCAGAGACCAGCAGUGUCUUCUCCACCUUGUUUAUUAGUGUGUUCUGGUACCAGAAGCUGGUGGGGUCUUUGAAACGCGGAGGAGCUCCAGUCCAGCUGGAUAGCCUCCGUCUCGUAGCCUGUCUCCUGGUUGGCAGCUGGAUAGUGGCUGUGGUAUUCAGUGUUCCACAAUUAUUCUUUGUCCGAAUGGAGAGUGGAAAUGAGAGCCACGAUGACUGUAUAGAAAUCUUUCCCUCCCAAACUGCAAGGCAGACCUAUGAGCCGUUGUAUCUGACCUUCGCUAACGCCCUCCCCAUCGCUGGAAUAGCGUUUGCUAGCAUCCAGAUUGUGAUCACUCUGCUAAGGAACCAGACACGUAUCCAGGGCCUGACUUCGGACCAUCACAAGGGGACAGCUAAUUCUUUACCUAACAAUGGACCCUCAGUUGUACACAGCUCGAUCAGUUCCCCCCUCUACCAGGUCGAUAUCGGGGACAACAUAGUCAGAGCUCCAGCCGAUCUGAAGAGGUCCUCUCAGCCUCCAGCUAAGCCCAGCCCAGGCUCAGGUACUCAGGUGAGGGCAGCCAAGAGCGUGGUGGCUGUGGCCACUGUGUUUGUGGUGUGCUGGGUGACCCACCUGCUGCUGAUGAUGGCCAGCAACAUCCACACGUCCUCCUUGGUGUUGGAGCUGGCCAGCUACAUCGGAUCCUCUUACACCUGCAUCAUCCCCUACAUCUUCCUCUAUGGAGUAAAAAAACUGUCUUGCUCCUGCAGAGGGUAGCUAGAUAUAGUCAUACACUCAUUUUCUAUUUAGUGGUAUCAAACCAAGUGCUUUGGAUAAUUAUUGCUCUUUUUUUAAUUUUAUCUUUAUUUAACUAGGCAAGUCAGUUUAGAACAAAUUCUUAU